AUUUCAAAAUGUCUGAUGCAGAAGCGUCCCAGGAGGCGCCAAAUCAAAACAAGAAACUGAAAAUGACGACUCAGAACUCCGAUCAUUCUACUCACAGUCAUACGGAGGAUUCGGGAGACGAAGUUGACGAAACUUCCAGCAUUGGAAGUGCAUCUACUGCCGACAACACUUCCAGAAGCGACACUCCGACCAACAGAGGAAGGAGAAGAGGGCGGGGACGAUGGAAAUAUAAACACAGUAAACUUGCAUAUAAGUGUUCCAUGUGGGUAAAGGAAGACCAUGGUCAACCUUUAUUUGGUGUCCAGUUUAAUCCACAUUUAAAAGAUGGUCACAACAUUUUUGCCACUGUUGGAAGUAAUAGAAUAACAAUAUAUGAAUGUUUAGAAGGUGGGGGAAUUAAAUUAUUGCAAGCGUAUGCCGAUCCUGAUCCAGACGAAAACUUUUAUACAUGUGCAUGGUCUUACGAUGAUGUUACCGGCUAUCCUUUACUGGCAGCUGCUGGAACUAGAGGCGUUAUACGUAUUUUGAGUCCUGCGGUUAUGCAGUGUAUCAAGCACUAUAUUGGACAUGGUAAUGCUAUUAACGAAUUGAAAUUUCAUCCUCUUGAUUGUAAUCUGUUGCUUUCAGUGAGUAAAGAUCAUGCGCUUAGACUUUGGAAUAUAAAAACCGACCAAUGCAUAGCGAUAUUUGCGGGAGUAGAAGGUCAUCGAGAUGAGGUUUUAAGUGCUGAUUUUGAUUUACUUGGAGAGAAAAUAGUAUCGUGUGGAAUGGACCACUCUCUAAAAAUUUGGCAAUUAAAAAAGGAAAAAUUAGAUACAGCAAUUCAAGAUUCUUAUACAUAUAAUCCUAGCAAAACUAACAAACCUUUUGAUACCGUAAAGCACCAUUUUCCUGAUUUUACUACUCGUGACAUUCACCGCAAUUAUGUAGACUGUGUGCGUUGGCUGGGAAAUUUUGUAUUGUCGAAGUCAUGUGAAAAUUGUAUUGUUUGCUGGAAGCCAGGACAACUAGAGCAGAAUGAAUUAAAACACACGGAUACUCUUGUAACUAUACUUCAUCGUUAUGAAUUUAAAGAAUGUGAAAUUUGGUUCAUGAGGUUCUCCUUGGAUGCGGAACAUAAAAUCCUGGCACUUGGGAAUCAGGUCGGGCGCACUUAUGUAUGGGAUAUAGACGUCGAUGAUCCAACCACCGCAAGGUGCACGAUUCUCACUCAUGCUAAGUGUACAGGUGCAAUCAGACAAACUAGCUUAAACAGAGACGGGAGUUUGCUUCUCUGUGUAUGCGAUGAUGCAACUGUAUGGAGAUGGGAUAGAAUCAGUCAUUAACGACGGACGGAUGUUAAUGCAAUCAAAUUUUUUAAUGAGAAAUUUCAUUAGUAAAUCUUUUUGUAAAACCUAUUUCCUUUUUGUUGAAAUAGAACUCUACACAAGUUUACAAGUGUUUUUUAUACAGUAUUAUUCUACAAUUUAUAUGAUUUUUUUUUAAUUCGGUAAAUAAAAUACUGCUGAAGGUGAACAGAUGUUAAUUUAUUUUAAUUAAAUUUUCUAUUCUUCUCAUAAUUAGUUAAAUACACAGUUCAAGAAUUGAAGCUUCAAAGUUUCACUAUCAGAUGGUAGCACAAUUAAAUAAAUUUUUAAAAAUUCUUUCAAU